ACUCUGCCUACCUCACAUACCCUUCCAUCUCUCGUAAAGGGUGUAAAAAUCACCGUGUCACCACUGUGGCGUGACAGCGCGAGCGAGGGAAGAGUGCUCAAAGGGGUGUAAAGUCAAGUAUAGACGUUGAGGGAUCGGUCCGUUCCGUGUGGUCAGUUGAGCGUCAAGUGGUGUUCACAUCCAAGAGCAUCCAAAGAGUUCAUACAAUCUAGUCUUAAAUCCACUACGUAUAUCACUGUUAUCUUAUUCCUUCUCCAUCCACCCCUUAUCACAACCCUAUCUCGACCAUUCGCACUCUCGACCAUUCACAAUCCUACCCGAACCCAUCCUUUCAUAUCCCCUUCCGACGCUUUACUACUCCUUCAACCCAUUGUCCACAUUUGUACAAUUUCAUCAUCAUGGACACAUCUACUUAUUCUUUCACUUCUCCCAACGAACCAAAAUCUCUUCCUAGAACUUCGACCCCUUACAAAUCUCAUCCACAACCUGGAGGUGGAGGUGGAGCUUGGUAUACCCGAUUGAUAUCACCUUUGACCGACACGCGUCAAUCUGAUACUUCUCCCUUAUCCACACCACGUUUAUCUCCAGCUCAACUACCUAUGCAAGAACAAUUCCCUCAUCCUCCUGAAAUGCCGACUCCAAAACAACCGGAUGGAGACUCGAACCAAGGAUUUUCAACCGCCUUACUCAUCUUUAUUCCAAUCAUGGUCGUCGUUUUGACCGUCCUUCUGGGAUUGAUUGUCUUUCUAGUGGCCGUGUUGUUUAUGCGGAAACGUAGAGGUAUAAGAUUGACUGAAGAUGGUGGACCUUUAGAUCUAUCAAAAAGUGAUGGUGUUAUAGGUGAAGGUGGAGUUGAUGGAGUUGAAGCUAGAUGGUUGGAAAAUGUUGAACCUGAUGUUAGAGAAGCAUAUAACAGAGCGAAAGAUUGGCAAGCACAAUAUCCACCUGCUUCAAUACCUACCGAUAUCACCCUUUCACAAUUUCUAUCAAUACAAGAGAAAGGUGUAUCAGCCUGGUCUUUCGAACCUGAUUACGAAGAAAAUCUUUCCCUUUACGUUCAAAGUCGUACGGAAAUAACCUUUUUAGCCGACGGACCAGGUAUGGCCGCACGUGAAGGUGGUGGGAAUUCAGUCAUGGCUAAUUUACCUUUACCGAAAUUGAACGAAGUUUAUUAUUGGGAAGUCAAAAUGUACGAAAAACCCGUUUCCACAGAAGUUUCCAUCGGAUUAGCUACGAAACCAUAUCCUUCAUUCAGAUUACCAGGAUGGAAUAAAUAUUCAGUUGCUUAUUUCGCUUCUGAUGGUUUCAAAUCACACAAUUAUCCAUUCACAGCUUCUUCCCAUGGACCACCUCUAGCGGAAGGUGACGUACUCGGUGUGGGAUAUAAACCUCGUACAGGAACAGUUUUCUUCACUCGUAAUGGAAGAAAAAUGGACGAUGCUUAUUGCGGAUUACAACGAUUAAAUCUUUUUCCUACUAUCGGUGCGAAUGGUCCUUGUACCGUUCAUGUCAACCUUGGUCAAGCUGGUUUUGUAUUCAUUGAAGCGAAUGUUAAGAAAUGGGGAUUAGCACCAAUGACAGGUACAUUGGCUCCACCUCCGGCAUACGGGAGUGAAAGAGGUAGUAUAUUAUUAGAUGCUGGUUAUGGUACACCUCAUGCUAAUCAAGCUCCGACAAAUCUAGGUGGUGUAGGAGCUUUAUUAGAAGCUGCAAGAGCUAGAGCAAAUGUUCAAUUCGGUUCAUCUAUAGGAUCAUCUCAACAUGUUUCAUCUCCAGGAGGUUCUAUUCAUUCUUCUCGUCGUCAACGUUCUAUCAAAACUGUUAAACCCGGUUCAGUUCCAGUCAAUCCAUCACCAUUACGUGCCAGAAACACUUAUGUUUCUCCAACGGAUACACCACAUAUAUCGACCCGUAUUCCAUCACCGGACGCAUUGGAAUAUGUUGAUUCGGAAUCAGAAACGGAUGAUUCGGUUAGAGGAUACGAUACGACAUCUUCUCAUGAAACACAAUCACCUAUCAUGCCACCUAAUCCUCCAACACCCAAUUUAUUGGAUAUUUCAAUGCAUUCUCUCAACCCUAGAAAUUCGAGACAACAUUAUUUCGGUGGGAGAGGAACGGGCGAGGAAGUGGUGGAAGAUGGUGAAGAAGAGGAAGAUGAAAGUGGGGAAAGUGAUGAAACUGCUAGACCUCCGAGAUUGACUAUGGCCGUGUCGUCGGGUAGACAAGGUAGUCCACCUCCUCCGGGAUAUGCACCAUUGGAUCCUAAUGUUUAUUCCGGUGGUCUUCCAGCCGAUUUACCAGAAGAAAUGAUUCAUCAAGCCAUAGCAGCCAUGGGAGGGGAUGAGUGA